AUGCCACCCCCCGCCCCCACACAGGUCAUCAUGGAAGCCUGGGUGAAGGGCGUGAACCCCAAAGGCAACUCCACCAACCCCAGCAACUGGGACUUCGGCAGCAGUUUCUUCUUUGCAGGCACAGUUGUCACCACCAUAGGAUACGGCAACCUGGCGCCCAGCACGGAGGCAGGCCAGGUCUUCUGUGUCUUCUACGCCCUGGUGGGCAUCCCGCUCAACGUGGUCUUCCUCAACCACCUGGGCGCAGGGCUGCAUGGCCACCUGGCUACCCUGGAGAGGUGGGAGGAGCAGCCCAGGCGCUCCCAGCUGCUGCAGAUCCUGGGCCUGGCUCUGUUCCUGACCCUGGGGACGCUGGUCAUUCUCAUCUUCCCACCCAUGGUCUUCAGCCAUGUGGAGGGCUGGAGCUUUGGGGAAGGCUUCUACUUCGCCUUCAUCACUCUCAGCACCAUCGGCUUCGGGGACUAUGUUGUUGGCACAGACCCCAGCAAGCAUUACAUCUCGGUGUACCGAAGCCUGGCUGCCAUCUGGAUCCUCCUGGGCCUGGCGUGGCUGGCGCUGAUCCUCCCCCUAGGCCCUCUGCUUCUGCACAGGUGCUCCCAGCUCUGGCUGCUCAGCAGGGGACUCAGCCUCAAGGACCGGGGAGCCCCCGAGAUGGAUGGGCUCCCCAGACCUCAGAAGAUCCCCAUCUCUGCAUGA